CGGCGAAAGUGGCGCCUAUAAGGAGCCUCCCCCGCGCCCCGCGACCGCACUACGCGUGGAUCCAACGCGCGGCAUGCGGCUCCAGGUGGUUGUGCUGUCCGUGCUGGCAGCGGCGGCUGCUGCAGUUCACCCAGCCACGAGCAACCGUUCCCACACCAAAAGAAGUUUCACUCGCACCCUCGAAUCAGCUUCACCGAUAUCGCCCACCCCCAGAGCACGACGCACGCGCUCUUCGCUGUACACCGCCACCACCACCACCGGCACCACCACCGUCAGCCCCAACAGUGUCAGCACCGAAGCAGCUCGGCAAGGAGCGCGGGGACAUAUCCGCGCGUCGGAUACCAACUUGGUGUCGGUCCAACACUGGCCUGCCAGGCCGGAAGAGUCCACUACGGUCCCCAGUGGGCAGGUUUCGUACCGCACCGCUCAACGGCGGGGUUGGGAGGACGAUCUGCAAGAGACGAUUCGGCCGAAACCUCGAGAAGAAAAACGGUACUGGCCCAAGCCCACACAAGUCGCAGACAUCCCCAAUCCAACAGAAGACCCGCCCGGGGACUGGUCAGAGCGGGUUGGCGUGGGCGACGAGGAAACGGACAGCGUGCAGAAACCCUCUCCCAAACCCAAAGAUUCGGAAUCGCAGGAGUCGAGGAAGAAUCUGGAAGACCGAAAAGACUGGACCGUCACCGUCCGCACACCGUCGCCGUCUGAACUGGCGGAGCUGAACAAUUUCGCCGCGCGGCUGACGCAUCAGCUGGAACAAGAGGCCAAGGAGCACAUAAAGCUGCAGCACGAGCAAAAUUUGCGCCACCAGCAGCAGCAACAGAUGCAGAGGACCCAGCAGGAGCUGCAGCACAGGUUGAAGGAAGCGCAGGCUCUGCAGCAGACGUUGGCAGAAGAGGAGCGGCAACGUCAGCAGCAGCAGCCGCGUCUGACGCUGGGCCAGCUGGUGGAGGUGGAGGUGGUGGACGCCUCCGGUGAGGACGACGAGAACGCCGGCCGGCGCUGGGGCGACCACGAAGACCACGAACAGGAGGUGCACAUUGUCAAGGUGCCCGUGCCGCAGCCGGUGCCCGUGGCGGUGCCGCAGCCCGUGCCGGUGGCCGUGCCGCACCCGGUGCCCGUGCGCGUCAAGGUGGCCGAGCACAUCGAGGUGCCCGUGGUGCGCACGGUGGCCGUGCCCGUGGAGACGCCCGUGCCGGUCAAGAUCGAGCACCUUGUGCCCUACCCCAUCGAGAAGCCCGUGCCCGUGCCGGUCGAGAAGCACAUCCCGUUCCCCAUCCACGAGCCCUACCCGGUCAAGAGAUUCAUCUGA